UGCCCCAUCAUUGGUGUCAGUGGGAGGAAUAGUGCCCCAUCAUUGGUGCCAGUGGGAGGAAUAGUGCCCCCAUCAUUGGUGUCAGUGGGAGGAAUAGUGCCCCCAUCAUUGGUGUCAGUGGGAGGAAUAGUGCCCCCAUCAUUGGUGUCAGUGGGAGGAAUA